AAUGCAUUUCAAUAAUCACAAUAGCAAGACAUCUGAUGCAGAAAGUGAGAUCUAAAAAUGGAAAGAUAGAGCAUUGAAAUUAGAAAGUGGAUUUAAAGUAAAAAAUAUAUUUGAUUUAGGAAUUACAAUAAUUAAUGGAGGAAACAGAUGAUAUGAGGAAUAAUUUAGAGAAAAAGAUAAUGGAAAAUUAAUAGUUAGUGAUUGAGAAUAGUAGAUUGAAAGAAAGAUUGCAAAAUAUUGAUGUUUCUGAUAAAGUAUUCUCGAAUAAGUUAUUUGAUGAUCAUGAUAUAAAAGAAAAAGAAUUCAUAAUUUAGAAAUUAGAGUAGGAGAUAAUUGAUAAAGAUAAUCAAAUUUUAAAAUUUAAAAGAGAAAUAGAAUCAAUAAAUGUAUAUGAAAUUUAAAUAUUUAGAGAAGAUCAAAGUUAAAGGAAGAGGAAUUACAUAGACAAUAUUAAGCUAAGUUAGAAGAUUUAUAAAUAUUAUAUAAGAAUGAUACAAGUGAUAGCUAAUAAUAGAAAUUUCUAAUGACUAAGAAAAUGUCUGAAAUGGAAUAAGUAUUUGAAAUUUUAAUUUCUUUUUAGAUUUUAAGUUUCAGGACAGAAGAAAAUUAAUUAUUAAUUAAUGAAUUAAAUCUAAAAAAUGAAUAAAUAGUUGAAUUGAAUAAUCAUAAUAAAUUGAUUGUUGAACUAAAAAAUAAAGAAUUUAAAGAUUCAUAAAUAUAAUAUCAAUUAUAAACUUAACAGCAUAUAAAAUAGAUGGAAGAAUCUAUUAUAUAAUAUAAAAAAAGUUAAGAUUCAAAUUUAAGUGAAAUUGAAUAAUUAUUAUAAUUUAAGUAAUAAAUGACACUUAAAAUAAAUGAUGUAUAAUAUUUAUAUAUAUUCUUUUUAGCUUUCAUCAACUAAUUAACAUUUAUUAAUUGAAAAUGAGAGUUUGAAAUCAACACUAUUGUUAUUUCAGAAAUAGAAAGAUUAAGAUGAUUAUAUGUAUGAAGAUUAAAAAAAGAAAGAAUCAUUACAUAUAAAGAGAUACUAUGAAACAUUAUUAGAAUAAGUAGAAAAAGAAAAUAGAAGUUUAAGAUUACUAUUAGAAUAAAAAAGUAGAGAAUUGGAUGAUUUAUGGAAUUAAAGUAAAAGAUAUUGA